AUGUUCAAGAUGAUCCCAAUAAUCUGUCUGGCGAUGCUGCUUCCUGAAGUGGUUCACUCAGCUCAGGGUCACUAUGCCCAGAAACUUCUGAAUGACCUGAUGGAGAAUUAUUCCAGCGCCCUGCGCCCUGUGGAGGACACAGACAGAGCCCUCAAUGUCACCUUACAGAUCACUCUCUCUCAGAUCAAGGACAUGGAUGAGAGGAACCAGGUGCUAAUCGCCUACCUUUGGAUUAGGCAGACGUGGUAUGAUGCUUACCUGAGGUGGAAUAAAGAGGACUAUGACGGCUUGGAUGUCAUCCACAUUCCCAGCAGCCUGGUGUGGAGGCCUGACCUCGUCCUCUAUAACAAAGCUGACGACGACUUUUCUGGGCCGAUGGACACCAACGUAAGACUGCGCUACAAUGGAGAGAUAACCUGGGAUGCUCCUGCCAUCACCAAGAGCUCUUGUGUGGUGGAUGUCUCCUACUUCCCCUUUGAUAGCCAGGAAUGCAAUUUAACGUUUGGUUCCUGGACCUACAAUGGUCACCAGGUAGACAUCAUUAUGGGCAGGGACAGCGGUGACCUCUCAGACUUUGUAGAAAAUGUGGAAUGGGAAUGCCACGGGAUGCCGGCCACCAAGAAUGUCAUCAUGUAUGGCUGUUGCUCUGAUCCAUAUCCAGACAUCACAUACACCGUGCUCCUGCAGCGCCGCUCCUCCUUCUACAUCUUCAACCUCCUCCUCCCCUGCUUUCUCAUCUCCUUCUUGGCUCCUCUGGGGUUCUACCUGCCUGCUGACUCUGGGGAGAAGGUUUCCCUCGGAGUGACCGUUCUUCUGGCUCUCACUGUGUUUCAACUAAUGGUGGCUGAGAGCAUGCCUCCAUCAGAGAGUGUCCCGCUUAUAGGGAAGUACUAUAUUGCCACUAUGACCAUGGUCACAGCCUCCACAGCUCUCACCAUCUUCAUCAUGAACAUCCACUUCUGUGGUGCAGAGGCCAAACCAGUCCCCCACUGGGCAAAAGUCCUCAUCAUUGACUACAUGUCCAAGAUUUUCUUUGUUUAUGAGGUAGGUGAGAACUGUGCCUCUGCCUCCUCCUCUUCCUCCUCUUCGUCUCCUCGCCCCCCUCAGGAUGAAAUCCGUCACCAGCACCUCAGUUCCCACAUUCAUGCGAAUGGAAAACCAGGGAGCCACGGUAGCCGAGAGGAGCGGCAGAAUCACAAAUACCCCAGGCCCCAGACCCCAAAACCGCAACAACAUCCCAGAGUGAAAGUCCAGCACCACAUCAUUAGAGAAGAGAGGAGCCAUCUCUCCAGCUUUGCACCUGGAAAGUAUGAAGGCUCUAAUGGUAAAAUCCACACAGGUGACUGCUGUAAAGAAGACCAGAAGGUCCCCUGCUGCCCCGAAGACAAAAAGCCUCUACCUCAAGGCCCCACUGUAACCUUUGGCCCGUGUGUGCUCUGUAGCCACGGCAGUGGCAUCCCUGGUGUGGACACCAAGCUGGUGCGCAAUGUUGAGUAUAUCGCCAACUGUUUCCGAGAGCAGAGGGCCACAUGCGCCAAGGGGGCAGAGUGGAAGAAGAUUGCUAAGGUGAUGGACAGAUUCUUCAUGUGGAUCUUCUUCAUCAUGGUUUUCCUCAUGAGCAUCCUCAUCAUUGGCAAGAAACCGUGA